AUGGCGAGCGCGAACGGGAGCAGCGGCGGCGGCGGCAAGGGGUUCGAGGUGCCCAAGGUGGAUAUCAGGUUCACCAAGCUCUUCAUCGGCGGCAAGUUCGUCGACGCCGUCUCCGGUACGUACGCCGCCCAGUCCCUUCCUCUCCAGUCUCCACCCUGCCCGCCCAUGGUGGACGCGAUUUUAUCUUCCCUGCCAGUGCCGUCUAGGUUCACCGUACCGGUGCAGAAGCAGAAUCCGAUGGCAACGAUAUACACUAGCUAG